CCUUCCGACAGCUACUUCCGCCAGGAGCACGCGGUCACUCUGGGACUUGUAGUUCCUCUCGCAACGCUUUCAGAAUGUCCUUUAACAUUAACCCCACUAAAAAAACAAAUUACACCGAAAAUAUGGCCGACUGGUCUCCAAAAUAUCAUAACGGGGGACGUGCGCUUGCGUGUGGCCUUUAAUACGAGAACAGAUUGAAACACCGUUUAUUCGUGCACUACAACAACCAACGUCGCCUCUAAUGAAAACGAGGCGGCGUAAACAGAAGUCUGGAACAUGAAAAGAUCGGGUGACAGUGAGGGGGAGAAGAGAAGAAAGAGGCGGAAGCUACUGCAGGAGCUGGGAGACCAGAAGAUCCCUUUUCUGGGACCAUCAGAUCCGGGCUAUCAGCAACUGUGGGACUCCAGCUACUCGGGCCUGGCACUGAGGCGGUCCCCCUCGCUGCCCGCCGGCCUCCACAGUCGGGUCCAGGCGGCUCUGUUCACGCUGCGGCAGAAGGGCUGCCUCCUGCGGGACCUGGUCCGCAUCCGCGAGCGGGACGUGUUCACCGCCGUCUCGCGCGCGCUGCUGGGCGAGCCGGGCCACACCUACCGCUACCUGGACACGCGGCUCUUUGCCAUCCCCUGGCACAGCGAGGACGCCGAGGUCAAAGGCCGGCGCUGCUGCGACCCCGAAUUCCGGUCCGCGUGCCAGGCGCUGUGCGAGCUCAACGGCUUCUUCUGCUCCGACGUGCCUCUGCUGGAGAAAGGGGACCGGCUCACGCGGCAGCAGAGCGCCACGGGCGAGGCGGAGGCCAAGCGGGCCGGCGAGGGGGACACGGGGUCCAAACACAGCGACGAGUCCAGAAACAGCGAAGGAGGCGACUCCGAGGAGGGGGACGCGGAGUCCAAGCACAGCGAGGAGUGGGACGUUGAGUCGAAACACAGCGAGGAGGGCUGCUCCGGGUCCAAGCCGGAAGGCGGAUGGGAGACGGAGUCCAAACCCAGCAGCGACGAGGGAGAGUCCCGCCAGAGGAAGACCCCCCCCCCCGCCCUCGGCGGCGCGGCGCUUAGGCCCGCGGCGCCGAGGGCCCGGGAGAAAGCGGUGGCCCAGCUCAAGCACAGCUUGUCGGAUCACCACCUGGAGGACCGGGAGGAACAGGGGUGUUCCCAGCCGAGCCCCCGGCAGGUCUGCGCCGGUCCGGCGGAGUUCAACGUCACCUUGCUCAACUACAUGGACCCCGCCGCUAUGAGCCAGCUCAAAGAGGAGCCGUACUACGGCAUGGGGAAAAUGGCGGUGGGGUGGCACCACGACGAGAACCUCAUCAGCCAUUCCCCGGUGGCUGUCUACAGCCACAGCUGUCGCAACGACAAAGGUGAGAGCAGCGAGGGAGGCAGCGGGGAGAAGGCGUGCUGGAGGAUCGGGCUCAAGGUAGCCUGGGACAUCCGCACACCUGGCCUGACGCUGCCGCUGGAGUCUGGAGACUGCUACUACAUGAGAGACGACCUGAACAGCACCCACCAGCACUGUGUCCUGGCUGGAGAGAGCGCACGCUUCAGCUCCACACACAGGGUGGCCGAGUGUUCCACUGGGACCUUGACCUACAUCCAGUCGCGGUGUCAGGAGGCCCUGUCCAACCUGCACACGGACCCGGAGACGGGCUCCCACAGCCUGCUGGCCCUGCUGCCGACAACGCUACGGCACUGUGAGGAGAUUCACAAUGAGGUGGAGUUUGAGUGGCUGAGACAGUACUGGUUUCAGGGCCAGCGCUUCGCCCGCUUCUGCAGCUGGUGGACCGGACCGAUGGAGCAGCUGGAGAAGGACUGGAAGCUCAUGGAGACCAUGACUUUGCUCUUCCUGGAUACAGUGGAGGAAGAAGAGGUGGAUCAGGAAGCAGAGGGAAGGAGGGACAUGGCAGAAAUCCUCCUGUCUGCCUUGAUGGACAGACAGCAGCAAAGACAGACCUGGAGAGACAGGUGCCACUCGAGUCUGGCGCAGACGUUGCCCGCCGAGGAGGCCCCAGUGGACUGGCCCUUCUGGGGUGCCGAUGACCCCAACAUGCCGCUGCCCUUUGAUCUGGCCGACAUCAUCAACAGAGUGGAGUCGCUGCUCUGGAGGAUGUGAAGGAUGGAUUGAUGAAGGAAGACAAGGAAGAACCCACAAGCCCCCCCCCCCCCCCCAACACACACACACACAUCAGCUGAGAGGACAGAUGACUUUUGUUGUUGAUCCCACCAAGAUUGAUUUUGUUUUGAUUGGUUCAUCUACCACCCCACAUCCACCCCUUCCCUCACUCCACUGACCCCGGCAUGUGUCGGCCACCUCAGCCUGGAGCUGGCUGGAAGGAAACAAAGGACAACCACAAUAGAACCACAAUAGCGCUUCAGUAACGUGCCAACAACGCAAGCUUAGCAACUAGCCCAUCGGGUCGCCACGGUCAGACCAAACAGCGUUUGAGUGGUAGCAUACAUUGUGUAACUAUGUAUUAUUUCAGUGUAUUCUGUUACUUAAUCUCAUGUAACCAAGAAAUGCUUUUUAGCCAUAGAUUUUCAGUAUUCACAGUGCAGUACAAGCAGAUUAUACGUUAGAUUUGUCACACAGUGUUAUAGAAUAGUUUAUAAAAAAACUCACUUGGCUCACAUAUAUGUUCUUCACCUGUGUGUAGUGUAACUCCCUCAUGUUGUGUUCAGAAACGGGAUGUGACCGAGGAAAGACAAUUCGAAGAAAGUUCUAUCACAAAUGCACCCAUGGACCCGAAGAAGAAUGUGUUACGUUGUGAUUGUAUUCUUGCAUUUAGCCAGGUGACCAUGUGACCGUGUGAUCGGCGGUUGGCCCGUUGCACGCUUCCUCUCCCACAUGCGCGACGGCGCGAGUGUAUGAAUGCGAUAGUGUGUAUGUGUGUGUGUGUGUGUGUGUGUGUGUGUGAGUGAGAGAGAGCCUGCAGGCAGCCUGCCAGUUGUUUGUUCUGGGAAGAUAUGCACAUGGGGAGACCGAGGCUAGCAGCGGGGGCCCCCUGCUCCUCGGCUCUGAUGAAAGGCAACACUGAUAAAAAAUGACCCCGGAACACAACCGCCGUUUCUCAUAAUUACAGCUGUUCAGUCGCUUUUAAUUACUCUUAAAAAGUGUGUAGAGCACCACGUUCCCCUGUAAUGCUGCGGGGCCACCCGAGAAAGAGAGAAGGAUCCGGCGCUUCUGACAAAAUCCACUUUGAAAACAGCUAAAAAGGGGGACGGAAAAACGGGGGGGGGUUGACGUCAGAGCAUCGCAGCAGCCCCACCGGAUUCCUUUCCUCUAUCUAGUUCAAGACGCUUUUUACUAUUCAAAAUGCAGAACGCACUCAUUUUUUUUUUUUACUUCUGAAGUUUUCCAAGACGUUAAUGGUUGCCAAACGGCGUUCUUCUUGCUUGUUCUUUUGCUGCGCCUCCCUGGCUUGUUGUUGUCAGAGAUGUGUUUGUAGAUGGGAAGCAGCGUUGACUCGGUGCUCUCUGUGCCACGGCUUGUCUGUCUGAAGCAAUAGGAAUGGCAGUAAAUAAAGAGAAAAUGUUUUAUCCAAUA